CUGUGAUUCUCCCAUAUAUUGUUAUGGUCCAAUUCUUGAAAAAAUUCAAUUAUCUGGUUUAUUUAAUGAUUCAAAAACUUUCGUUGAUAUGCCAACAAAGAAACCGCUCAAAGAAGUUCUUGAUGCAGCGUCAAAACUCAAUCAAAAUGCAUCUAAAUCUGUACUACAAGACUUUGUCAACACAUAUUUUGAUAAGGAGGAUAAAGAAUUAACUCAAACAGAAAUUCCCAAUUUUAACUCAUCUCCAUCUUUCCUUCAAAAAAUUAAACAACCAAUUAUUCGUGAAUUUGCCAAAAUAGUACAUAAUUGUUGGCCAAAUCUUACACGUAAAGUUGAUCAGAGCUAUUUGUGUUCAGGAUGUGUAUCGAGCUUUAUUCCGGUUAAAAGGAAUUUUGUAAUACCCGGUGGAAGAUUUCGAGAAUUUUAUUAUUGGGAUAGUUAUUUUGUUAUUGAAGGACUACUUGUUAGUGGACUAUAUGAAAGUGUUAAUGAUAUGAUUCAAAAUUUUUUGGAUUGGAUAGAUACUUAUGGAUUUGUGCCAAAUGGUUCACGAAUAUACUAUUUAAACCGUUCGCAACCUCCAUUAUUGACUCAAAUGGUGAAAAUUUAUUAUGAAGCUACCAAUGAUAUCUCACUACUUCGUAAAGCAUUUCCAUUAUUACUCAAAGAAUAUAAGUUCUGGCGCAAAAAUACUACAAUUCGUGUACAUAAAAACAAUAAACAAUAUGAAUUAAAUCAUUAUAAUGUUUACAAUAUUCAUCCACGUCCGGAAAGUUAUAUUGAUGAUUAUACUGUAGUUGAGAAGAGUUCAUUUAAUUUAACUACGAAACAUGGAUUAUACUCAGAUAUAGCGACGUGUGCGGAAUCAGGAUGGGAUUUCUCAUCAAGAUGGGCAAGAAAUCCUUACAUUCCACCAGUUGACAAUUCGAGUAAUAACUAUAAAAUUCUUCGUACGUUAAAUACUAGAUCUGUAAUUCCGGUCGAGCUAAAUUCAAUUUUAUAUAUGAACGAAAUUACCCUAUCCGAAUUCGCAAAACAGAUUGGUGAUUAUAAGACGAUGGGAACUACAAUAGAGUGGCUAGAGAGUUCGGCAAAAAAGAGACUUGAAGGGAUGAUCGAGUUACUUUGGGAUCAUAAUAUCUCAAUGUUUAGAGAUUAUAAUCUUACUAGUGGUGCUAAAUCUAACAUAGUUUCUUUAGCUUCAUAUUUUCCAUUUUGGGCUCAAUCAUUACCAGAAAAUGUCCUUACAGAUUCAAAAAAAAUUCUCAAAUCUUUUUCUUUUAUAUCUGCUCUCUUAUCAAGAUAUGAAGGUUCACCACCAGUCACAUUAAUCCAAACUGGUUUACAAUGGGAUUUCCCGAAUUCCUGGCCUCCACUGAAUUAU